AUGCAGCUCCAGGGCCGUGCGCGUGAGUCCCUCACGCCCCAGCAGCUUCGUGAGUGGUACGCCAGUUGGGGCUGUCGGGGUGACCGUAGUGGUAGUCGCUCUGGAGUGGGUCGGUCGGGAGCUUCUGGUAGUGGACAGGUGCAGCUGCAGUGUCCUCUUUCACCCCAGCAGCUUCGUGAGUGGUACGCCAGUUGGGGCUGUCGGGGUGGCCGUAGUGGUAGUCGCUCUGGAGUGGGUCGGUCGGGAGCUUCUGGUAGUGGACAGGUGCAGCUGCAGUGUCCUCUUUCACCCCAGCAGCUUCGUGAGUGGUACGCCAGUUUGGGCUGUCGGGGUGGCCGUAGUGGUAGUCGCUCUGGAGUGGGUCGGUCGGGAGCUUCUGGUGAUGGACAGGUGCAGCUGCCGUGUCCUGUGAGUGAGGCUGCCGCUCUAGGUGCUAGUGCAGCUGCUACCCCAGGUGCCGGUGAGGCUGCUGCUCUAGGUGCUAGUGAGUCUGCGCCCCCUGGUACUGAGUCGACUGAGGCACUGCACACCUUCACUCUGGACUCCGGUGCUUCUCGCUGUUUCUUUCGUGACCGCACUGCCCUUGAGCCGCUUGCUCGGCCAGUUGCUGUCUCCCUCGCUGACCCCUCUGGGGGUCCGGUCAUUGUGACCUCCUCCACUGUCCUUCCUUGUCCUGCGGUCCCGUCGGGCACACUGUCCGGUCUCCACCUCCCCUCGUUCUCUACGAACUUGGUGGCUGGGUGUGCGCUCCAGGACGCGGGUGUUCACCAGUUCACCCCGGCCUACGAGCGCGUGACGCACUGCACGUGUGCCCGUACGGGCCGCCACUUGGCUACCUUCACUCGGCAGCCGGGGUCGGACCUGUACACAUUGACCACUGAGUCCCCUCAGGUAGCGGUCGCUGCGUCUGCGUCUGCGUCAGGUCAGCUGUCGGCCCCCUGCUCGUGUCGCUCUCUGGCGCACGAGACUGUCCUCUGGCACCACCGCCUUGGCCACCCGUCUGUGCAGCGCCUUCGGGCCAUGCACUCCAGGUACCUUGUCUCUGGUCUUCCCAGGGUCCUCCCUCCUCUCCCUCCCUCGCCUGCUCCUCCCUGUCUUCCCUGUGUCGAGGGGCGGCAGCGCGCCGCUCCUCACUCCUCCUCCUUUCCCCCGACGACUGCUCCCUUGCAGACACUCCACAUGGACGUGUGGGGCCCAGCCCGCGUCCGUGGUCAGGGUCAGGAGAGGUACUUCCUGAUAGUUGUUGACGACUACUCGCGCUACACCACGGUCUUCCCCUUGCGCACCAAGGGUGAAGUCCCUGAUGUUUUGAUCCGCAGAGCUCGUCUCCAGCUCAGCGAGCGUUUCCACUCGGACUUUCCUGUCCUGCGCUUGCACUCUGACAGAGGUGGUGAGUUCUCCUCCGACCUCUUGGCAGCCUACUGUGCUGAGCACGGCAUUGAGCAGUCGUUCACGCUUCCGGCCUCUCCACAGCAGAAUGGGGUUGCGGAGCGUCGCAUUGGCCUAGUCAUGGAGGUCGCCCGUACCUCCUUGAUCCAUGCGGCUGCCCCCCAUUUCCUGUGGCCGUUUGCGGUCCGGUACACUGCGCAUCAGCUCAACCUCUGGCCCCGUGUCUCCAUGCCGGAGACCUCGCCCACGCUGCGGUGGACGGGGGAGGUUGGCGAUGCGUCGCGUUUCCGGGUCUGGGGAUCUCGAGCUUUUGUCCGCGACGCUUCCGCGGACAAGCUCUCCACCCGCGCUGUUCCCUGUGUCUUCCUUGGCUUUGUCCCUGACGCGUCUGGUUGGCAGUUUUACCACGCCACCUCGCGCCGGGUCCUUGCCUCUCAGGACGUCACUUUUGACGAGUCCGUCCCCUACUACCGCCUCUUCCCCUACCGCACUGCCCCACUCCCCCCCCCGCCUCUCUUCCUCGCACCAGGUGCUGCUGUGGUAGACCCCCUCCCCCCUCAGGGUGCCGCUCCCUCAGGUGUGUCCCAGGUAGACCCGGUUGACCCUGUUGAGGUAGCUGUUGACUCUCAACCUGCUGGGGGUGCGGAGCCUGGGGGUGCUGAGCCUGGGGGUGCGGAGCCUGCGGUUGCGGAGCCUGGGGGUGCGGAGUCUGGGGGUACUGAGCCUGGACGUACUGAGCCUGGGGGUGCUGUGCCUGGGGGUGCUGAGCUGCAGAGUUCUGGGUCUGGGAGUGCUGAGUCUGGGGGUGCUGAGCCUGGGAGUCCUGCGCCUGGGGGAGCUCUCUCCUCGGAGCGGCUGCGUGAGUGGUACUCAGAGUACUGCAGCCUCCGGAGAGGUGCCUCUGGGACCAGGAGUGCUGCUGCGACUGGUGCUGGUGCCUCCCCUCCUCAGCGGGAGCUGCCCUCUCUUGAGCGGAUCCGCGAGUGGUACGAGCGGCGCUGCACUCUCCGGAGUGGAGCGCCUGGUGUCGCGGACCCUGGUGCUGGAGGUGCUGCUGCUGCUGCUGGAGGCCCUACUCGUACUGCGGACCCUGGAGCUGGAGCUGCUGCUGGUGCUGCGGACCCUGGAGCUGGAGCUGCUGCUGGUGCUGCGGACCCUGACGCUGGAGCUGCUGCUGGUACUGCGGACCCUGGGGUUGGAGCUGCUGCUGGUACUGCGGACCCUGGAGCUGGAGCUGCUGCUGGUGCUGCGGACCCUGGAGCUGGAGCUGCUGCUGGUGCUGCGGACCCUGGAGCUGGAGCUGCUGCUGGUGCUGCGGACCCUGGAGCUGGAGCUGCUGCUGGUGCUGCGGACCCUGGAGCUGGAGCUGCUGCUGGUGCUGCGGAGCCUGGAGCUGGAGCUGCUGCUGGUGCUGCGGACCCUGGAGCUGGAGCUGCUGCUGGUACUGCGGACCCUGGCGCUGGAGCUGCUGCUGGUGCUGCGGACCCUGGAGCUGGUGGAGCUGGAGCUGCCGCGGGUGCUGGUGCCGUCUCUCCUGGUUCUGGAGUCACUGAGCGGCCCCGACCGUACUUCGUUCCGCUUCUCCAGCAGGUUCUUGGUCAGCCUCCUCCUCCUUGUCCUGCUCCCUCCUUAGAGUGUCCUCCGCCUGUCACGUCGCAGUCGCAGUUACCGCCUCCCUCUCCGCUCCCCGGUCCUUCUCCUUACUCUGGUCCCACAGGAGGUCUUACGGAGCGUCGUGAGCCUGAGUCUCGUCCUGUGUCGCCUGCGUCUCGCUCUACGUCGCCUGUCCGUGCUGCUCGCACUGGUCGUCGUGUCCCGCGUGAGCGCCCUCCUCCUGUCCCUGGCACUCACUACAUGACUCUGCGUCCCUCCACUGCUCCUCAGCGUGUCCUGCUGCCGUCUCCUCCUGCGUCCUCUCUUCCUGAGCUUCCUGACCCGGAGUCUGACUCCCUUCGUGCUGCCCGUCCUACUGUCACGCGUUUCCUUGCUACUGUUGUCACUGACCCUACCUUUGAGUCCUCUGCUGCGUCUGCUCUCGUUGCUGAGUUAGUUGACUUUGCUGCCGCUUGUCGUCUCGACUACGCCGCUAGCCUAGUUGCUGCGUCUGAGUCUGUCUGUCCUCCGUCCGUCGGGGGUGAGUGUGCUCUUGGCACGGACGUCAUUGAGGACAGGCAGGAGGAGUUCCAGUGCUUUGCUGCUGCUUUACCUCAUCUCGUGUCCAUGCUAGUUGCCCCUGAGGGAGACCCGGAUGCACCAGACAUCCCGACCCCGCGCUCUUACGCAGAGGCGAUAGCGGGUCCCUACUCCUCUCAGUGGCAGACAGCCAUGGACGCAGAGAUGGCUUCCUGGAAGUCCACAGGCACCUACGUCGACGCUGUUCCCCCACCUGGGGCGAACAUCGUCAGUGGCAUGUGGAUUUUCAGGGUGAAGCGGCCGCCGGGUUCUCCGCCUGUCUUCAAGGCGCGUUACGUUGCUCGAGGCUUCAGCCAGCGUGAGGGAGUCGACUUCUUCCAGACCUUCUCCCCCACCCCGAAGAUGACCACUCUUCGGGUGCUGCUGCACAUAGCCGCUCACCGUGACUACGAGCUUCACUCUUUUGACUUCAGCACUGCUUUCUUGCAGGGUAGUCUGCACGAGGAGAUCUGGCUGCGCCGCCCUCCUGGCUUCACUGGGUCGUUUCCUCCUGGUACCCAGUGGAGCCUCCGCCGGCCGGUCUACGGUCUCCGCCAGGCACCACGUGAGUGGCACGACACACUGAGGACGACACUUGCGGCACUUGGGUUCGCGCCUUCUACUGCUGACCCGUCGCUGUUUCUGCACACCGACACUUCGCUGCCACCGUUCUACAUCCUCGUGUACGUCGACGACUUGGUCUUUGCCACUGCUGACACUCAGGCUCUCGCCCACGUGAAGUCGGAGUUGCAGAAGAGACACACGUGCACAGACCUGGGUGAACUGACAAGCUACCUUGGCUUGCGGAUCACCUGGGACAGAGCACGGCGCACCAUUACCCUGACUCAGUCACACAUGGUGCAGCAGGUCCUUCAGCGCUUCGGCUUCACGUACUCCUCGCCUCAGUCCACUCCUCUGCCUACCGGUCACUCGCUCUCAGCUCUGCCUUCGGAUGAGUCCGUAGAGCCGAGUGGCCCGUAUCCAGAGCUUGUGGGCUGCCUCAUGUACCUGAUGACCUGCACUCGUCCUGACCUUGCAUACCCUCUUAGCAUCCUUGCACGCUAUGUCGCUCCUGGCCGUCACCGGAAGGAGCACAUGGAUGCCGCUAAGAGGGUGUUGCGCUACUUGUGCAGUACGUCAGGCAUGGGGCUAGUGCUUGGAGGGCGAGACCGAGUUGUUCUCACUGGACACUCAGACGCUUCUUGGGCGGACGACCAGGCCACUCAGCGGUCGUCUCAGGGUUACACCUUCAGCCUUGGCUCCGGUUCAGUUUCUUGGCGUUCUACACGUUCUUCUUCAGUUCUCAGCUCCAGUUGUGAGGCUGAGAUCUACGCCACAGCCAUGGCGGCCCAGGAGCUACGCUGGCUCACCUACCUUCUGACCGACUUGGGAGAGCGGCCUCGUUCUCCUCCAGUGCUGUACGUCGACAACAAGGCUGCCAUUGCCUUGUGUGAGGAGCACAGACUGGAGCACAGAACGAAGCACAUCGCUCUCCGCUACUUUCUGGCUCGUGAGCUGCAGCAGCGUGGUCAGCUUUGUCUGCGUUACGUGGCCACUGAGGCCAACACUGCUGACGUGUUCACCAAGGCGCUUCAGCCUUGUGACCAUCAGCGCUUUUGUACUCUUCUAGGCCUUGUGCCUACUGGACCUCACUUGCUUACUUCGUGA